GUUGCUUUGCAGCGCUUUCCGCGGGGAACUGUUUAAGGGGUGGGGGAAACUUUGAAAGUUGGAUGCUGCAGACCCGGCAUGGGUAGCAAGAAACUAAGACGAGUGGGUUUAUCACAAGAGCUGUGUGAUCGUCUGAGCAGACAUCAGAUUGUGACCUGUCGGGACUUCUUAUGUCUUUCCCCACUGGAGCUUAUGAAGGUGACUGGCCUGAGUUAUCGAGGUGUCCAUGAACUUCUGUGUAUUGUCAGCAAGGCCUGUGCCCCACAGAUGCAAACGGCUUAUGGGAUGAAGACACAAAGGUCUGCUGAUCUCUCACCGGCGUUCUUAUCUACUACCCUUUCUGCUUUGGAUGAAGCCCUACAUGGUGGUGUGGCUUGUGGAUCCCUCACAGAGAUUACAGGUCCACCAGGUUGUGGAAAAACUCAGUUUUGUAUAAUGAUGAGUAUUUUGGCUACAUUACCCACCAACAUGGGAGGAUUAGAAGGAGCUGUUGUGUAUAUUGACACAGAGUCAGCAUUUAGUGCUGAAAGACUGGUUGAGAUAGCAGAAUCCCGUUUUCCUAGAUAUUUUAACACUGAAGAAAAAUUACUUUUGACAAGUAGUAAAGUUAAUCUUUAUCGGGAGCUCAGCUGUGAUGAAGUUCUACGAAGGAUUGAAUCGUUGGAAGAAGAAAUUAUUUCAAAAGGAGUUAAACUUAUCAUUAUUGACUCUGUUGCUUCGGUGGUUAGAAAGGAGUUUGCUACACAACUUCAAGGUAAUCUGAAAGAAAGAAACAAGUUCUUGGCAAGAGAAGCAUCUUUACUGAAGUAUUUGGCUGAGGAAUUUUCAAUCCCAGUAAGUUUUUCUUUAUCUGUCUCUCUUUUUUCCCCCUUUCUUUUAUAUUAA